UGACUACAGUUUGACCGAACAGAUUUCCUGUGUGUACAGAAGGAGGAGCCAUGUGAACAAAUAGACUAUAAGAGGUGCAGUCAGAACAUCAUAGGAAAGCACAGCUAGCAGCAAAAUACAAUCUUUCACACCAGAGGAGAUCCAGAACCAGCCAGCAAGAUGGUUCCAGUGUUGAUGUUACUCAUGGCAGCUCUUGUAGCUGCAGAUGAGCCAAUGAUGGAUCUCUCAAGCCCAGCAGAGUCUGACAGUGCCGUUUCUGUGGUUCACUGUGAUUCUGCUACUGUUUGUCCUGAUGGAACAACAUGCUGUCUGACUCCUUAUGGGACCUGGAGCUGCUGUCCCUACUCAUUGGGUCGGUGUUGCAGAGAUGGAUUUCAUUGCUGUCCUUAUGGUUAUCACUGCGAUUCGACAUCAACCCAUUGUUUGAGGGGGUGGUUGAAACUGCCAUCUUCUUCCCGGAUGGCCGCCACAGCUACCCAGAAACCUCAGGUUCUCAAAUGGCAGGGACAGACUGAGAAGGUUCAUUGUGAUGGAAAUGUCUACUGUCCAGCUGAUCAGUUCUGCUGCAAGACAGCAGCUGGCCAGUGGGGGUGCUGCAAUGACAUGGUGUUGUAAGUAAACAUCCCACGUGACCUGGGUGCAGCUCUUAUCAAAGAGGCUUUCAAAUGUCAGUUACUGUUUGGAGAAAGCACUAAUAUACAUUUAUGCAUCCAAAUGCUAAGACUUACAAUCAAAAGUAUAACAAUAAUCAUAUACGGUGAAACUGUCCCACCUGUAUUUAACAUUUUUGAUUCUGCUCUGCUGUACUUCAUUCUGUGACUCUGUGUUUUGUUAGCAAACAAAAUGUAACAGAGCAAAUGUAUUACUCAGCUCUGAAAUUCUCUAUUAUAGAUCAAUGGAUAAAGGCUUGUUACAUCA